AUGGAAGAUGAUUUUAUUGCGAAACAGAUUAAGCUUGAAGAUCAGAUUUUCAAUAUGGAUGAACAUAAUAUAGAUGAAAUACUUCAUUUUAUUAAGUCAAAUCCGCAAUUUCAUAAAGAAAACAUCAGAUUAAUUGUUGAAAAUUCCUCGAGAUAUAGAUUUGUUAAUAGAAGCCUUUAUAAUAAAUUUUCCGAGAUAGUUGGUGGAGAAAUUAAAUGUUUUAGUGACAAUAACUCUUUAUCAAAACUAUUUUUAGCAGAUAAUUUAUCAGAAUUAACAGCAAUGGAAGACCAAGAUCCAAAAAAUCUAAUAGACUUAGCAGCCAUAUAUGGAGCCGUUAAUUGUUUUAAGUAUCUCAAAAUGAAUAAUUGCCAAAUCCAAAUAUCUACCUUAAAAUGGUCAGUUUAUGGCGGAAACCAGGAAAUCAUUGAGAUGCUGCUUCAAGAAGGAUACUCUUUUGUUGAUUGUAUCGAGAGAGCUAUAGAAACCCACAGAAAUGACAUUUUAGACUAUUUUAUUUCCAUUUAUGAAAAACAAAAUUUCAAGAUUUCAGAUAAAUUUUGUAUUGAGCAUUAUAACACAUAUGCGAUGAUGAAAUAUGCAAAUAUAAGAGAUAUGCAUGCAUGUGAAACUGCAAUUAAAAUCACAAACUUCGCAAUUUCAAAUUAUUUAUUAAUAAAAUUUUAUUCUUUAUACAAAACUGAAUUGGAUAAUAUCUUAGCAAGAUGUGUAUAUUGGAAUUAUAGUUUUGGAUACAAGAUGAUUAUUGAAAAUGGUUAUAAAACUAAAAAUGCAGCUAUUUUUCAUUAUGCUUGCACAUCACCGGAAAAUACUGAAGAAUUAGUUAAGUACUUAAUUGAAAAAGGAUUUCCGAUUAAAAGUAACUCAAGAUCUGUUAUUUCUGGCUUUAUUCAAUGUUUAUGGAAUAAAAAGCUUAAAGAAGCUAAAGUUAUUUUGAAUUGCGUCGAAAACAUUAAACAGGUGCACAAUGAAUACGAAUAUCCAAUAAUAACUUAUCUUACUAAAUCAAUUGACAAUAUUGAACUAUUGCAAUUGAUGAUUGAGAAAGGUGCUGAUGUAAAUGAAACGCAAUUAGGAUCAUUUCCUCUUGUUAUUGCUGCUCAGGGCGGAAAAUAUCAAGUUGUAAAAAUUCUUCUUGAAAAUGGGGCAAAUCCUAAAACAAGAUAUAUGGGUAAAUCUAUUGAUCAAAUUACUUACAAUUAUGAAACAAAAAAGCUUAUUGAAAAAUACAUUAAAGAUGAAUCUGAAUAA